AUGGCGGCUGGCCAUUACCUGGCCACUGGAAGCAUCGCGUGUGUCUAUCUCCAGAACUCGGGCUUAGGGAACACCAUCAAUCCACUACUAUCGCUGUGCAGCAAGAAGGUUUAUGCCAUUCCUGCACUGCUUCUUAUCGGCUGGCGGGGGGAACCAGGCAAGAAAGACGAGCCGCAGCAUCUUCUACAGGGCGCGCUGACUCCCACCAUGCUGGAGAACAUGGGCGUUCCCUUCGAAAUCUUGCCAGACUACGCCGAAGGUGCCUUCGAAGUCAUUACGAAAGCCUAUGGCCACAUGGAAAAGGA